GACUUCUGCGAGCGCCGGCGCUGCGGCCGCGGCUGCUGGCGGCGCGGGCCCAGGCUGUUCACUUGACCUCCAGGAGAUGUCUGAACCUGCAGGAGUACCAGAGCAAGAAGAUCAUGUCAGACCAUGGAGUGAGAGUUCAGAGGUUCUUCGUAGCAAACACUGCUAAAGAGGCCCUGGAGGCUGCUAAGAGGCUGAAUGCAAAAGAAAUUGUUUUAAAAGCCCAGAUCUUAGCUGGAGGAAGAGGAAAAGGUGUCUUCAAUAGUGGUUUGAAAGGAGGUGUUCACUUAACAAAAGAUCCUAAAGUUGUGGGACAGCUGGCUCAACAGAUGAUUGGGUAUAAUCUAGCAACGAAACAAACUCCAAAAGAAGGUGUGAGAGUUAACAAGGUGAUGGUUGCCGAAGCCCUGGACAUUUCCAGAGAAACCUACUUGGCCAUUCUGAUGGACCGGUCCAGCAAUGGGCCUGUGCUCAUAGGUAGUCCCCAGGGGGGCGUUGACAUUGAAGAGGUGGCAGCAUCUAAUCCAGAACUUAUCUUUAAGGAGCAGAUUGACAUUUUUGAAGGGAUAAAAGACAGCCAAGCUCAGCGGAUGGCAGAAAAUCUGGGCUUCCUUGGGCCUAUGAAAAACCAGGCUGCGGAUCAAAUUAAGAAGCUAUAUAACCUCUUCCUGAAGAUUGAUGCCACUCAGGUGGAAGUGAAUCCCUUUGGUGAGACUCCAGAAGGACAAGUUGUCUGCUUUGAUGCCAAGAUAAACUUUGAUGACAACGCUGAAUUCCGACAGAAGGACAUAUUUGCUAUGGAUGACAAAUCUGAGAAUGAGCCCAUUGAAAAUGAAGCUGCCAGAUACGAUCUGAAAUACAUAGGACUGGAUGGGAAUAUCGCAUGCUUUGUGAAUGGUGCUGGUCUUGCCAUGGCCACGUGUGACAUCAUUUUCCUCAAUGGUGGGAAGCCAGCCAACUUCUUGGAUCUUGGAGGUGGUGUAAAGGAAUCUCAAGUAUAUCAAGCCUUCAAACUGCUCACUGCCGAUCCUAAGGUGGAAGCCAUCCUUGUCAAUAUUUUUGGCGGUAUCGUCAACUGUGCCAUAAUUGCCAAUGGGAUUACCAAGGCCUGCAGGGAGUUAGAACUCAAGGUACCCCUGGUAGUUCGUCUUGAAGGAACCAAUGUCCAAGAGGCCCAGAACAUCCUUAAAAACAGCGGGCUCCCCAUUACUUCAGCUGUGGACCUGGAGGAUGCUGCCAAGAAGGCUGUGGCCUGUGUGACAAAGAAGUGACCCAUUCCUUGUGGCUCCCCUGAGAAGGGAGGGUUCUCACUACUGUGCAGACAACAGCGUUUAUAUCACUGGGAAGCAGACACACAAGAAUGACUAGUUGAAAAAUCUUGUCUGAAUUUUCUCAAAUAAGCUAGCUAGACUGCCUAAACCUGAUUCUACUUCUGUAGUCUAUAAAAAAUCAUAUUUUAAAGUUUCAUACUCUUCUCACGGUAAGCCUGUUCAGUAGGCAGGGUUUUCCAAUAUCAGGGCACAGUAAAUGUGAACAAAUAAUGUGUUUAUGUACAAAAUUUGAUACCGGGUCUGCAUUCACCCACAAGAACUUUUGUGCACAUCUGUCCUCUAUAAUAGAAAACUUUCAGAGUACUCACACUGAAAAACAGGGCUUUGUAGAACAUAUCAACAACUACCAAAGAAUGCAGCUAAGACAUUUGAACACAUAGCUUGAGUAAGCUGAUGCAAUUUUUACAAGUUUCUAAGGCGUUUGGGAAAAUACAUGAAUAUUCCAAAAUGUGUUGUGCCACAGAAGUUCCACAUUAAUACCUGACAUAUAUUUUACCCUGUGCCUUAAUGAUGAAUGUACUAUUUACCUCAUACUAAUAUUAACAUCAAAAGCCUUAUUUGUGAAUUUGAAGUAGAACGUUCCACUUAAUGUUUAAGGUGGUAAAUGCUGAUUGUGAUGGAAAUCUGUAAUUAGACCACUGCAUGAGUUAAGGUAAAAUUUGUUAAGAGUUGGAUCACUGUAGAAUGUACCACCUUGUGAUGGAAAACCUGGAAAAUAAUAAUUGAAGGAAUGUGGUCUUUACCAUAAUAACUGUUUUGUGAUGGAAAAUUUUAAUUACACUUUUGCUUAAAUUUUAAUAAUUUUUGUUACCAUAAAAUUUUAAUUUAAAUAAAAUUCAAUGUUUAAUAAGUA